CACAGAGCAUGUCCGCACGACUCUAACAAAAGCAGCGCAGCCCAGUCGGGCGUCCGACCCCUAAGGACUCUGCCCGCCGGGGAUUGCAGGUCUAACGAUGGCUCCUUCUUGGCUUUUCCUCCUGUUCAUCCCCGGAAUGGUGGGAUCGAGCCGGAGCUGCUUCCCGGGAUGUCAGUGCAUCGUUGAUAACUUUGGCCUGUUCCACAGCUUCAGCUUGACCAAAGUGGACUGCAGCGGCGUCGGCCCCCACGUCGUCCCGGUCUCCAUCCCGCUGGACACCUCCUACCUGGAUCUCUCUGCCAACGGGAUAAAAAGAAUCAACGAGUCGGUGCUGUCCGGACCCGGAUACACCACUUUGAUCAACCUCAACUUGAGUCACAACCAGAUCGUCAGGAUCUCGUUCUCCACCUUCUCCAAACUGAGGUACCUGGAAUCUUUGGACCUGAGCCACAACCUUCUGGAGACCUUGCCGGACGGAAGCUUUUUAUAUUCGCGCCUCACCGAGCUGGACUUGAGUUCUAACAAGCUCCUGGAGGUUGGAAUUGGUGCCUUCACCCUGAAAAGCCAGGGGAGGUCCAUGACCAUCAAUCUUGGAAACAAUAAUAUCCGCUCUAUCCACCGAGGGGCCGAGCGUCCUGUUCCCAACAUCCACAGUCUGACGUUGUCUGGGAACGACCUUCUCUCUGUGCCGGAUCUCCAUGGGAUCCCACUCCGGCACCUUGAUUUGGACAGGAACCCUCUUGCCAAGAUCGAGAAGGAAAGCUUUCUGGGGCUUGAAGGUCUCACACACUUGUCCCUUAGCGACCUGCCAAACCUAAGGGAGGUCUCUCCGUACAGUUUCAAAACCUUGCCGUCUCUCUUGGACCUUGACUUGUCCAGCAACCCCCAGCUGAAGUCUCUAAGUUCCGACAUGUUCUUCGGCUUGGACUCCUUGCAGGAGCUGAACCUGGCCUACUCCGGGGUGGCCGCCUUGCCAAAGGACAUUAUGCUCAACCUGCCCUCCAUGAAGAGCAUCACUUGGGGGGAAAAUAUCCGUUGCUCGAAGACUGUGAAGGAAAGUCCCUUCCACGCCCAGAAGGGCCGAGUCCGAGAAGAAGUCCUACUCUGCCACGACGACUAUGGAGCCGUUCCGGCCCAGGACGUUCUCUAAAGGGGCAGUAAUUGUGUAUAUUACACUCCCUGCCCAGACACCAGUGCCUUUUUAUAAGAACAAAAAAAAUUUUCAAUAAUUUAUUUAUAAUUUUUCUACCGUAAUUUUUUUUUUUUUUCUCAAAUUUCAUUUCACUCGGAAUUUUCCGACGCGAGUAUAUUUAUCCAUUGCGUACCAGAUCCGGAAAGUAAUAGUGUGGGUUGUGUUUAUUUUGGGGGGCGGAUUUGCUGCUCCCUAUGAUUCAUUGCAUAAAGGAAAAACAAUUUUUUGCAGAAUUUUUUUUUGUUUUUGAAUUUUUGGAAGAAAUGUGGUAAAUUUCAGUAAGUGCCUUAGAAUAUUUCCUAUCAGAUCUCUAUAUAUUGUACUUGGGGGUAUUAUUGGCAGGGGCAAUUAUCAAGUUGAUAUGACAAGUGCAAGGCAACAUUUUUGUUGUUGCUGCAGAAAAUCCAAUGGAUUUUACGACCAAGAACCUGUAAUCAUUGGGCCAAAACCAGCUGGGGGAGGAGCUUGGCUGAACCGUAUUCACCAUUAUUUUUAAUGUAAACUGUGGGAUUUUUUUUCUCUUAAUUGAACCACUUUUUGGGGAUGUUUUUUGCAUUUUUUAAUGACUGUAUAAUGUAUCUGAUUGUAUGCACUAGGGCUAGCGAGCUCUAUUGGCUUAGCUGUGGCCCAAGAACCAUAAAGGGGGUGGGGGGACACCAAAUACCAGCUUCAGGGUGCCCCGGGGGGGGGUUGAUUCCGAGUAGCUCCACUUUGGCGCUGGUUCCGGGGCAUCAUACGGGGCAGUUCCGCCUCCCAGUAUUUAUACGGAUACCAGGAAGUAGGAAGCUGCCUUAUGGGAUAUAAUCUAUAUACAGGUAUAGGACCCGUUAUCCAGAAUGCUUGGGACCCCAAGGGUAUUCCGGCUAAGGGGUCUUUCCGAUAAAACAUGAAUCAAACCCAAUAGGAUUAUUUUGCAUCCAGGAAGAAUUAUUUAUAUCUUAGUUGGGAUUAAAUACAAAGCACUGUUUUAUUAUUACAGAGAAAUAGUAAAUCGAUUUUAAAAAUCUGAAUUGUUUGAUUAAAAUGGGAGAUGGGCUUUCUGGAUAUGGGGCUUCCGGAUAACGGAUCCCAUACCUGUACUGCAGCAUGGCAGCUCCUACUCCAGUAUGAAUAAUAACAUGUAGAACAAGCAUUUCUGGAAACAGAGUUUUUCACUAUUUUAUUGCCUUUGUAAGGAGGAAUGUUUUUUAAAAAAAUUGAAACUUUUUUCUUCUUUAAUGGGAGAUUUUUAGUGGACUUUUUUUUUUUUUUUUCUUGCUAACCUUCCGGAAUAUUCCCAAUAGUGUUCUAUGAAUGUGGGGACCCCCUGGUUGGGUUGGGAGUUAUAAAGGCGCCCCCUUUUAUCCAUAUCCAGCCACAAAUAUUUCUAGUAUGUUGCAGACAGUGAUAUUCUGCGAUAGUUUGCAAUUGGUCUUCGUUUUUUUUUUUUAUGGUCUUUCAGUUUUUCAACAGCUCUCUGCUUUGGCAUUUCAGCAGCUAUCUGGUUGCUAGGGUCUGAUUCCGCCUAGCAACCAGGCAGUGGUUUGAAAGAAAGACAGAAAUAGGUAUAGAGGAGGGGCUAAAUAGAAAGAUAAGGAAUAAAAAGUAACAAUAACAAUAAAACUGGAGCCUCACAGAGCAAUAGGGUUUGGCUGCCGGGGUCAGUGACCCCCAUUUGAAAGCUGGGAUGGGUCAAAAAAGAGGCAAAUAAUAAAAAAAAAACGGUUAAAAAAAAAAA